AUGAAGGUGAGAGUGGACGUGUCGUGCGAGACCGAAUUUGAGGCGACGUCAUCUGCCGCGGAAGACAGUGUUGGAAGCGCUGGUGCUUCGGAAGCCUCCAGUAACAAAGGACGAGUGGCGAGGGACGUGGUGGAGGAAAAGUCGGUUGCAGAGAGUAAAGUGGAGGGUGGUGGUGGCAGAGGAAAGGGUGUUAAACGCAAGAACCUUCGUUUGCAGAAGACGGCCACUGCGAAGUUGCGCCUCCCUGAACCUGCUGACAUCAUCGACCCACCACUAAAAGCUGACGAGCUUCUUCUGGCGUUGUCACAGAGAACCAGCGCAGACCUGCAACGCAAGUACCAAUCUAUUGACGCCUCCGAGCAGUUCACUCACGCGAUCACAGACCACCUCCUUGAAUAUCGUCGACUGAGUAGUGUUCUCGUCAAAAACUCACGAGAACGCAAAUUCGCGGGACGACUGACCAAAGUUUGA